GGGACGAAAACUGAAACCGGGCAUAUUUCAUAAUUGGCUGGUGAUUGUUUGAUCGUUGAUUCAUUUCUGCAAGGUUUAUCCAAUCUUAAUUGAAUAUGUUCACUUUCAAAGGACUAGCUUGCUCUAACGUGGACUAUACUCGUUCGCAUCCUUACAUCCUUAACGAUCAAGUUACAAUCUUGAACAUAUUCUUCUGUAACUGAAAGCAUUCUUGAAUCCUGCACAAUGGUUGUGAUUCAAGUUCAACUUCAGCCACACCCAUCCAAAUUCAAUGGCUAUUCUAAACACCCUUUUGUUUACAAUAUCCAAAAACCAAAGAAACUGUAUUUGCAGCCCAAAGCAAUGUCUUCACGCACUCAGAGGAUAAUGGAGAGCAUUUCAGUAGGCGGGGAAGUCGGUGGUGCAGGCGGAGCGUACUCGUAUGAAGCUUUGAAGAGAUUGGAUAAUUUGUGGUCUAGCAUUUGUUCUGCUCAAACAGAAAUUGCAGUAGUUCAAGAACCUAGACAAGUUGUCACCAAUACCCCUGGUUUGUUUAGCCAAUCUGAUAUGGCAAACAAAGAAGUCGACAAAUUCGAUGUGUUGGUUUGCGGGGGUACUUUAGGGAUCUUUGUUGCCACCGCGUUAAGUUUGAAAGGCCUGCGAGUAGGAGUCGUGGAAAGGAACUUACUAAAAGGGAGAGAACAAGAGUGGAAUAUAUCGAGGAAAGAGCUCCUGGAACUUGUUGAAGUUGGUGUCUUAACGGAAGAUGACAUUGAGCAGGCCACAACUUCAGUGUUUAAUCCGAACAGAUGUGGGUUUGAGAGUAAAGGAGAGAUAUGGGUUUCAAACAUUCUUAACCUUGGUGUUUCGCCUGCAAAACUUAUAGAUAUUGUGAGGGAAAGAUUCACUUCACUUGGUGGAGUAAUCUUUGAAGGUUGCAGUGUGUCUAGCAUAAAUGUUUAUCAGGAUAUUGCGGUAUUGCAACUAAUGGAGGGGAAGAUUCUGUCAGCUUGUCUCAUAAUCGAUGCUAUGGGCAACUUUUCACCUGUGCUAAAACAGAUUAGAGGAAACAGAAAGCCUGAUGGAGUAUGCCUAGUGGUCGGUUCUUGUUGUCGUGGUUUCAAGGAAAAUUUUAAAAGCGAUGUGAUAUUUAGUAGUGCUGAGGUGAAGCCGGUUGGAAACUCAGAAGCGCAAUACUUUUGGGAGGCAUUCCCUGCUGGUUCUGGACCGUUGGAUCGGACUACUUAUAUGUUUACUUACGUUGAUCCACAACCUAAUAGCCCAAAAUUGGAAGAGUUGCUAGAAGAUUACUGGGAUCUGAUGCCUAAGUAUCAGGAAGUAUCUUUGGAUGAUUUAGAGAUUUUGAGAGUUAUUUAUGGCAUUUUCCCUACCUUUCGUGACAGUCCAUUGCCAGCGGCUUUCAAUCGCAUUCUACAGUUUGGUGAUGCUAGUGGCAUACAGUCUCCGGUUUCCUUUGGUGGCUUCGGUAGUUUGACCAGGCAUCUUGGACGAAUAUCAAAUGGAAUACAUGAAGCAAUCAGUGGAAAUCUCCUGGACGCUGAUAAUCUGUCAUUGUUAAAUCCAUACAUGCCAAAUUUAAGUGCUUCUUGGUUAUUCCAAAGAGCCAUGUCUGCAAGAAAACAGGCUGGCGUCCCACCAGAUUUCAUCAACGACCUUCUCUACGCCAAUUUCCAGAGCAUGCAGAGGCUAGGGGAUCCAGUGCUAAGACCAUUUCUUCAGGACGUCAUACAAUUUGGUCCUCUUGUGAAGACACUAGGCCUAGUUAUGUUAACAAAACCUCAAAUUCUUCCUUCUAUAUUUAAGCAGGUUGGGUUCCCAGUGUUGAUUGACUGGCUAGGACAUUUUUCACUGUUGGGUUCUUAUACAUUUCUUUCCAUAUAUAUUGACCCAUUAAUAAGGCCUCUGAUUGAUACUUUUUCGACCGAGGAGAAGUACAAAUGGAAAAGGCAACUUGAGGCGUGGAAAUAUGGAGCUGGUUUAGACUACAAGUUUAACCAUGAAGACAUAACCAAGAGAUAAGUGUAAAAAUGUGUAUUUAUAAACAAGAUUGACUAAAUUAUUUAUUCAUUUGACCUUUUUAUAACAAUGAUCAUAGAUUUAUUAUAAUAUAUAUACUGUCAUAAUACUAUGGUAUGGAUUUGUAAUAAAACUGUUUGGUUUAUAGUUGGA